GUCAAUUACGAAGAGCAAAGAGGUUAGAGAAUAGAGACGAGCGCCGCCGGGAUUCGCCUUCGGCCGGCGAGGGGGCCGCCGGCUGCGGGGCGGCGAGCGGCGAGCGGCGGCGGCGGCGGCGUGCUGGAUUGUAGAUGGGAGAGAGAGAAGGAGAUUUUGCGAUCGGGCGAGGAUCGUCCGAUGGGAAAACGAGCCAUAGGAAGUCACCAAAACGACGUCGUCGUUUUGGGACGAAACCUGAGAAACUUCCACGUGUCUCGGAGCCGCCCCCAGUCGCAAAAGUGUUAGAACCUCGCCUCGAGCUUCCGCACAGUUCCCACACCUCUCGGCGGCGGCGGCGAUCGGCUACCGGCGGCGACCGCGAAGCCACGUCAUCACUCCGAUCGACCGGCUUCUCCCUCUCUCCCUCUCUGCGUGCUUCUCCGAUCAGUUCGAGGUCAUUUUCUUCCCAAACGGUUCGUCAUUUUGCCAGGAUAGAUUUGGGGAGGAAGAACGAGAAAAUGUCUAGGUUUCGAGCGUUGUGGCAGGCCUCUCUAAAUGCUACGAAGAGAGCUCUCACAUGGAAUGUUGAAGACUUGAUACCUCCAAGCGAGAAAAGUAUAUUUAAUUUCAACUCAAAGGAAGAGUUGAAAAGGUGGCAUCUCUACUCGGAUUCUGAAUAUGGGGGGCUUUCGUCUGCCUCCUUGGAGAUUAAUGAUGCUGGGAAUGGACUAAAGGGAAUAUUUUCUGGCCACCUCUCACUGGAUCUUGCGGAGGAUUCCAAAUGGAAUAUCAAAAGGGGUGGCUUUUGUGGAAUGCGGUCCAAGAAGUUUGAUGGCUUCAUUGAUUUGGAUGCAUAUGAUACCAUAGCUCUAAAGCUUAAAGGAGAUGGUAGAUGCUACAUAUCCACUAUCUACACGGAGAAUUGGGUGAACUCACCUGGACAGCCGGAAGAUAAUUCAUGGCAGGCUUUUGUCUUUGUGCCAAAAGACAAUUGGUAUAUUGCAAAGAUUCCUCUUGCCCGAUAUUUGCCAACGUGGAGAGGGAAUGUCAUAGACGCAAGUUUGGAAAUGAAUCCAUCUCGAAUCCUUGGCAUGUCACUGUCUGUUAAUGCAGAAGGUGGAAUGCCCGGUGCAAAAUCUGGGCCCGGUGAUUUCAGAGUCGAACUUGAAUGGAUCAAGGCGCUGAGGACAGAAUGAGCAUCUGUACAUCACGUUGGCGGGAAUUAAGUCCAUUUUCCUAGAGCUUCGGUCGAGCUUCAUGGUGUAGUUUUGUAAUCUUUGCUAGAAUUUACUAUUUAGCGAUUCAAAAUUUUGUACCUUCCCAAUAGUGUGUUCUUGAGAGGCUUUGGAUACUGCGCAAAGGCUCAGUCUUUCUUUUUGCACCAGCACACCAUGUUUUCCUGUACGUUGAGUUAAGCUGGAGUGAGUGCCAAAGAACCUCUUCCAAGGCCCAAUGGUGCAUAACACAGAUAAUUCCUUGAUGUUUUUGCUUGUUAGUUAUUAAA